GAAAACGAAUGGCAACCCGCGUUUUGUGAAGCAUAAACAACUUAGAAGUUCAGGAAAGUCAACUCAGAACAAAAAGAAAUUUUUCGUGUCGGUUGACAUUUUUUAUACAUCCGUAUUUUCUACAUUAUUUAUUUAUUAUGCCCUCUAGUUUGGAGUAUAGAGAUAAAGAGAGGCAGAGAAAACGAGAAAGUAGGCGGCAAGCAAGCCAAGCUUAACGAGAGAGAGAGCGGCAGAGAGCUUAAGAAAGGAGGCGAAACUGCUCUGACGAGCAACGGGAGAGGGAGCAAGAAAGAAACAGAGAAAGGAGGCGCAAUUUUACUGACGAGCAACGGGAGAAAGAGCAGGAAAGGGAUAGAGAAAGGAGGCGCAAUUUUACUGAUGAGCAACGGGAGAGAGAACAUGAAAGGGAUAGAGUCGAGAAAGGAGGCGCAAUUUUACUUAUGAGCAACGGGAGAGAGAACAGGAAAGGGACAGAGAAAGGAGGAAACAUUUUACUGAGGAGCAACGCGAGAGAGAGCAAGAGAGAAACAGAGAAAGGAGGCAAAAUUUUACUGACGAACAACGGGGAAAAGCACAAGAAAGAGAGAGGGAAAGGCGACAAAAUUUCACUGAAGAGCAACUGGAGAAUGAACGAGAGAGAGCAAGAGAAAAUAGACGCCUAAUAAGCGACGAGCGGCGAAGAAGGGAGCGAGAGACAGCAAGGGAAAACAGGCGUCGUAUAAACGAAAAACGAACGAGAAGGAGGAGAUGGUGAGCGAAUUUUUGCCGAGGUUAGCUUUCUGUUAUAAGAAUCGGGGAUUUUACGAAAACAGAGGUAGCUUUUGUUUUGUUUGUUAAUCAAUAACCUCUUUGUAAUUGCAUCAGUUGUUUUGGACCAAUCACCACACGUCAUUUGUUGUCACGCAGUCUAGAGUUGAUACUUUUAUCAUCCAUUGAAGUUGACCUGCGUCCUCCAAGUUCGUUGAAGAGAAACGAUAUGAUUGAAAUUUCACUGUAACAAGACAGUCGCGUCCAAGAUAAAAUUAUAGAGUAACCUUAUAAUUCGUGCUCCUCGGUGUAUUUUCGUUGUUUCUGGCGCGGAAAAUAAGGUAAUCUUAAAUUGUAUGAAUGAAAUGUUAUCGAAAAUUAUAACCAUUGCCAUGUGUCCGAUGCAUCGCUGAAUGAAUGAUAACUCCUUAUGUAUUUUAGGCGACUCUGGCCUCUGUGACAAGUUAAAAUGAUUCAGUGUUAGAGGAUUGUAAAUUGUACGGUCUGUGAAAGCGUUGUUAUGUUUUCUGAAAAGAGAACAGUACAGAGAGCACCUUGAAUUUGAAGAUUUUCAAUGUCUGUUGAAAGAGCGUUUUGGUGCAGAGUGUUCGAGCUUACCUCUAUUUGUUUUAUUCAGGGUAAACAGAAUUUGAAGGAUCUAUUCUCCCUCUUGUAAUUGAAAUAACUUUUAUUAUUUUACUAUAAAUCUAGGCUUUUCCAUUUUGUAGAUACCUAUCUUCGAGUGUUUAAGAAUAUAUAUGGAGAUCUAUGUAAAUAAGGAGGGCAGCCAGGGUUAGAAAUUAUUUUUGAAUGUUGACAGGCCAAACAAAUUUAAGCUCGGUCAUGUCUAGUUACUAACCGGUCAAAAUAAAUUAUUACCUGCCAAACAAAUUUUAGCUCGGACCGGUCAAAAGACAGUAAAAACUCGUAGGUAAGAACCUGGAUUUUCCCAUUGCAUUAACAGGUACGUUCUUACAAAAAUAGUUAUUGGCAAAAAAUUUGUCUAUUUUUCUAAAAUGAAAAGGUUCUUAUUUUCUGCAGGAAAAAAAAACAUUGCAGCUUAUGUCUCCCAAAGAGGUUCACCUGAAUAUUUUCCAGGUGUAUAGAAUUUUUUUAUAGAUUUGAGAAAAUAAAGAUGUGUGUCAACUAUUGGGCUAAACAGGUUCUUGUAUAGAGCCUGGGGCCUAAUUAUAACUGGCAAGUUUAGCCAAACAGGUUCCUAAAAACCAGGUUCUUAGUCACAGCUAGGUUUUUACUGUAUUGAAGACAUUGUACUUUGCAGUAAUAGCCAAAUUAAGACAAAAAUUAUGUGAUCAUAAAUGCUCAAAAACUCCUUGUGUUGAGAGAUGGUGAAAUAUUAUAAACCAGUUUUGAGUGUGGUUAUCAAGUUGUUCAUUCAUUGGAGGGUACAGUGUAGUAAAUAAUAUUUCCAGGAAUAUUGUCAAGCUCAGCUCGUUUAUUCUUAAAAACAAUUCCCCAUAAGAGUUAAACCAGAAAUCACAACUUUUGGCUCAGUAUUGUUCUGACAUGUUUUCUUUGAACAAUAGGUGUAUGUAGGGGUGAGGGAAAAUUCUUGCCAAACUAAAGAUUUUAUCUUAUCCUCUUAGCCAUGGAAGAACAUGAAAGUCAGGUCCUCCAGGUUGAAUGUAGCAUGGAAUGCUCUCUGCACUGGUGAACAAGAGCAAAGUCACUCAGCAGGUACUGAUAUAGUUCAUGGUAGAUGGUAUUUAUUAUAGAAUUGCAUAAUUGAGUAAAAUCACGCAUUCUGAUUGGUUAACGAAGAGAGGUAUUCAGUGUGGAAUUGCGAGUUGAAAACGAGGCUAAGGGAUGUUUUUUCGCAUCUACGUAACAACUAUUGUCAAAUUGUAACACAACAACUGCAAAAAAGGUUUUCUACAAUGUCAUUUUAAAAUGUUUUCAAAAUCAUUGUCACCUUUUGUAUAUCCUUUCUUAACAUACUGUAAUGUUGCCUGGUCCUCCACCUACUGUUCCAGCCUAAACUGUAUUUACCUUUUGCAAAAGCGUCUAGUGCGGCUCAUAACAAAAGCUCACUAUCUAGCAAAUACCGCCCCUUUGUUUAGUCGGCUUAAAGUCCUUGACAUAUUUAGUAUUAAUUUAUUUUCUGUCACUACUUUUAUGUAUUGUUAUCACCAUAAUCUUUUGCCUAGUAGCUUUCGUGACUUGUUCUUAAGUAGUAAUCUGAAGUCCAUCAAUACCAAAAUUCGACUGGCCUCUCAGUAUAGACCUCAUUUUUGUAGAUCAAAUAUAAAGCAAUUCAGUAUCCUUUACCGAGGACCUAAAAUCUGGAAUUCGUUGCCUGUUUCACUAAUUAGCUCUCUUUCUAUAUUUGUUGUUACAAAAAAUUUAAAGAAUUAUCUCACUGAUAGCCGAUCUGUCGCUUAAUUUUCUGAUCUUGCUCACUCUGCACUCAGCCAUGAAUUUAGUUCUCUAGGUAGUUGAAGGAAGCCUAUUAAUAUAAGCUUCAUUAAGCUUCGUUAGACUUCCUUGUCACAUUAAUUUUAUAAUUUAAUUAACACCUUUUGUUUAUGUUGCAUAAGGUUUUGUGAGUGACUAAAUAAAUAAAUAGUUAAAAACAAACAAAAGCAUUUUUUAAAGUGAUCCGGAGGUUCUUCCUUGUUUUGAACUAAACUACAAAUUCUUGGAGAGGUAUAAAAAACCCCUUUCGCUAGCGACAAUGAGAAAACAAGAAAAUCCUGUCAACACAGCCCAGAAAAUAACAAGCCAAAUUCAAACAAACAAAACGGAGAAGCGACAAUGGAGGAAGUGCCAGGGUCAAUUGUCACAUAUACAGAAGAAAAAAAUAAAUACCUUCAAAGAUCACAUUGUCCCUGAAAACACGAAAAAGAGUAUGCCACUUGCAUUCAUCCUGAGUCGUGGUACUUAGAAAAGUACAAAACAGAGCUGAACUUGAACAGCAUUUUUAAAACAUUUCAAGGUACUUACCUUAUAUUAAUCGCAACGUUAAACUUUCAGUGCUUUGCCUUGGACACUUCAUUUCUUUCAGUUUUGCUACCGAAGAGGUAAAAGGUGUAAACUAUUUUCCUUCGCGAGCAAAUGACCAAUUUGAAAAAGGAUUAUAGAUAACCGGCUUGUAAAUUCAGUGAAAUACCUCUAUUUAUCCUUACAAUUAGUGUGAAGCUUGUUCAUGUGUAAAAAGUUUGAAAACAAAUGUAAAACAAGCACAAGGUACAAAAAAAAGUUGUCAAAGGUUCAAACGUGUAUGACUGACCUUGCUUCCUAUUCGCUAAUGCAAUGAUAGGUUUGACAUUUGACUUUGAAAUGGCUUUCUGGGGCACGUGCUCAGGAUAAAAACAAACAAUAUUACUGGUGUUUUCUUUUUUUUUCUGAUUUUUAUUUGAUUAUGCGAUUCAAGGAAAAUCCAUUACCUGACUCGUGAAUUCACGUUAAAUUGCGCUUGAAAACCGAUAUCGGUUUUCGUGUGCAAUUUAACGUGGAAUUCCCAAAUCAGGUAAUGAAUUUUCCUAUAAAACUUACUAAUAUACGUGGAAAAAUUUCUUGAAUCAGAUUGGCUUAGAGCAGUGCAGUUUUUAGUAAACACAGUACAAAAACAAGGAAACAUAAUGCAAAAAAUAAGGAAAUAAAAGUGCGAAUUUCUCAGAGAAUGAAAACCUGUGAUUGGCUAAUAAACAAUCAGUGUUCUCCAGAAGCGCGGGCAACUGGCAGUUUCACUGGGAACUCUUUUCCAAAGUGCCAGCUACUCUUAUGAGUCAAAACAUAAAAAAAACUGUCUGUAACUUUUAUCUUCAAUUUUUCGUAAGUUCCAUUUUUUUUCCGCGAAGGAUAAAACGGCACCCAAAGCAAAUCGUGUUAAUUCAUUUCUUAGAAUACUAGAACAUGCAAUUUCAUCGGAAAAUAACAAACAAACAAAAAAGCCACGAGAGCUUGUUUGAAAGUUUAUCGAAAAACACAUGAAAAUACAUGGAACUAAAGUGCCUUGAACAGCUACAAAAGAAGACAGGUUUUGUUUAUUCAUGGUUGCGGAAGCCACUCGCUGAGGCACUUGCCGAUAGAUAGCUGCGGCUUGUUUAUCUGACAUGAAGAAUAUAAAUCACAAGCAACUAGAAUACACGCUAUGCAGCCAUUCACUACAGCAAUCGAGGCGUCAGUAAAGCUUCUUUUCUUGUUCAGCAAAACCAGCUUGUGGCUUCAAACAACGUCAUAACAAGCGACCAAGGUAAUAGUUUUUUCUCCGUUGUUCUUACUUUUGUAACUGCUCUAAAAGUCCAAAUUCACAGUAAUUUUGAUGGCUGUUAAGAAUUAUUUUUCUUCACAUUAUCUGCCAGGUUUUUUUAGCUGUCCCGCUGUGUAAAAUCCUAGAAUCUCGAUGAGUUUUUAAAAGUGUUCAUCUUUAUAAUGUUUUGAUUUUUCAUUCAUCCAGUCCAGGAGAGUCGGUUCAUGCGUUGACAGUUCUGAUAGACAUGUGAUAAUAUAAUGUGGUAAUAUUUUUUAAUUAUAAAAUAACUAAGAUAGUACAUGCAUUCUGAUUGGUUAAAAACCAAUAGUUUAUUGUGCUGGUAAUCUCAUAGUAAACUGAAACAUGCUUUAAAGUUAUUUUAUAAAAGUAAAAGACCACAUUUUCUAUGGAUUUACCAGCAUGAUAACUCACUUGGUUCUUGGGAGAACUCUGGAAAAGCUUGUAAAUAACGAGCAAAACUUCUCAGAUCUCUGGGCUUAAUGCCCCCAAACCCCUCCCUUAGAUACAGUACUCUCGCUUUAUCAGUGCUUGGUGUCAGGCACCAGUUUCUUUUUGCCUUGGGAGCUGGCUACUCUAAAACUUCUGGAUAAUGUAUCGGUCAAAUCGAAGCUUCAACAUGCCCCCCCUCCCCGGGCAACCCCCGGCAUUUGACUUUUUGAAAAUUAUUGUUCAAAUUCCCCCUACCCGGCCCAAAAUGCCGUUCAAAUGCCCCACAGUAGGGUCCAUUCAGGUGAUCAAAUGCCCCCAUCCUGGGGACAUUUCACAGGCACAAAAAAUGACAGAAGGACGGCGGAACGCCUUCAGUUGUCGAACAAAAUCUUUAUAAAUAUAACAAAAACACUGUUAGCGAUUUACUACGAACAAAAAAACUCGUGCAAAGCGGCAGAAAUCGCUGCUACAAGGUCACUGAAUGCUCAGCUUUUUCUUCAUCAUGCAACAUCCAAAGGGUUCUAUAAAAAAAAAAGAUCCCACCUAUUGAGAUUACUACAUCAUGACCAUUUCACUGACAUGCAUCAUCGCUCACCGUAUAAAUUAACAUACUUGCAGUAGGUCAAAGUAGUUGACCUGAGCUUUUUAUUUUAUUUUAUUCUAAUUUUAUGUUGUAGUAUUGAAUCGCUGGCAUAGGUAUUGUAUUUCAUUGUAAACACAACAAUAACAUACAUUCAUACAUUCAAAGCCUGAAUCCAGUAUUAAAAAGUUCAAAUUCUCCACCCCUAAAGCCUGGGGAUCAAAUUCCCCACCCCCUGGAAGACUCUGAUAAUCAAAUUCCCUCCUCCCCGGGACGGCAAAGGUGUCAAAUGCCCGGGGUAUGCCGGGGAAGGGGGGCAUGUUGAAGCUUCGAUUUGACCAAUACAUAACACUGAACAAUAGAAAUAUAUAAGAACCAAUCAGCCUCAGGUGUCACAAUCUGCUUGCCCAACUUAUUAAGAUUAUAUCUUAUCUUCUUAGCCAUAGAAGAACAUGAAAGUGAAGUCCUCCAACUUGAAUGUAGCAUGGAAAGCUCUCUGCCAGGUGAACAAGAGCAAAGUCAUUCAGCAGGUACUGAUAUACCGGUAGUUGUUUAUGGUAGAUGGUAUUUUAUUAUGAAAGUUAAUAAUAUACAUGAAAAAAUGUCUCUGUGAAUUUGAUUGGCGUAGAGCAGUGUACUUUUUAGUAAACACAAUGCAAAAACAAGGAAACAUAAUGCAAAAAGAAAGAAAUAUAAUGCAAAUUUAUCAGAGAAUGAAAAACUGUGAUUGGGCCAAUAAACAAUAGAAAUUUAUCAGAACUAAUUAAGUGCCACAGUUUGCUGGUGGGAAGCAUGUAUACUUUUAAAACUUCCCCCUUUUUUGUGUAAUUAAUUAUGCUCUGUUGUCUUACCUAAGUAAUCUUUCCUUUUUCUUGUAACACUUUUUUUCUCAAUAUUUUAUUUUACGAAUUUACCUGAUUAUUUUUAUUUAUUUGUUCAUUGUGGGUUGUUUUUGUUUUCAUUUUUGUAACCAAGAUUUUGAAAUUAAUAAAGGUGUGGGUGGGCGUGUGUGUGUAACAAAUAAGAAUGUUAAAACUUUCAUAUAUAUAUUUUUUACAUGGACUCAAAAGAGCAGCUAUAUAGAGUGUUUUCACAUGACGUCACGGCAGCCAUAUUGGUGUCCCAAAACAAUGAAACGGCGGCCAUGUUGGUGUCCCAAACCAAUCCUCUGGGAAUUGAGAUCUUUUCUUAUGCAAACGCUUUCUUUUGUUUCAGUAAAUUUGCAUAGAUGCUAGCCACGUGAGUGAAAACACUCUAUAAUCAGUGAUUUUGUUACCUCUGCAUUCUAUCUAUGUUCCUUACACAUAAAAAUCGCCAAAGACAUAAAAUAAUUCAUGGAUAUAUCGAUCUGAACGUGUGUAUUUGUAGAAAUAUCCCGUACGUGUAAUUUCUGUGGCAGUUAUGGUUGUUGUUUAGUGAUGCAUAUUUGUUUUAGCCUUUGUUGACUUCUGCUUUAAAAUAGAAGAACUAUAUUUUAAUUUCAGUAUACUCUAAUACAGAGUUUUGGAGUGUGUCUUCAGAUUAACUGUCUGUGGCUGGUACAUAAAGGCCCAAACAUUUUCCAUUUUGGACUCAUUUUUUUUAACUGGGACUCAUUGGUUCUGGACUGGGACUCAUGAUUUCUCACAAGAUGAGUCCCAGAAUUCAUCAUAUUUAUUUGUAACAAAAACACUGUAUAAUUCAUUGAUUAGACCUUUUGUCAUGUAAUUCAAGUGUUGUGGUAAACAUGACAAGUCAUCAUGUCUGUACUUAAUUCUCCAUGACUGGAUUGUAGGAUUUUUGGUUCUGUUUGUAUUUGAUCGUGCAUUAUUAUUAUGGGAAAACUUACCUUAAGGUUGCAUUACUUUGACUCUAGGACAAAGUUAAAAUACAUUGAAUUCUCAUAGAGAUAAUUAUUUUUUUGGAUUAUAAUAAUGAGUUCAUUGGUUGGGUCACUCCCAUUAUAUUUGAUGACUGGUUUAUGAAAUAUCAGCACUUAGAAAAUGAUUGUCAAGGUUGUUGUAUUAUCCGAAGUUUCAAAAGUAGAAAUAUUGUGUAUUUUCUAUUUGAAAUCAGGUUUUGAGAACACUUCCACAGAUACAGCUUUAUAAUAGUAAUUCUUGUACAGUUAUACAAGCAUGCAGUACUAGGGUGUGAAGAAAAGGAGGUCAGUUUUGUGCUUGUCCUUCGGGAAGGCUGUAGCUUGCAUCUGCUAGCCCAGGAAUCACAACUCUAUUAUCCCUCAGGCAUGAUAAAAAAUAGAAUCCACUAGCCCCAUAGCUUAUAUGAAUUGUGUAGUUGGUUAAUACAAAUAAUUCAUUUACUAGGAGAAGAGUUGGAACAACACACUCCUGCAGUAGAAAAUGGCCCAAUUGAGGGAGCAAGCAAUGUGCAGGAAACACAGCAACCUCUUCCAGAAGUAAAUAAUAGUAGCCACUUAGAAGAUGACCGCAUAAUUGCUAGAGCAAGGGCAGUUGGUGUGGACUAUGAGUUUCCAAAGCCUGGUGAAGUGGAAACGGAGGAUGACAGAAGAAAAGAUUUUAUUUACUUGAAUCCAGUCCAUUCCUUUUUCUCUCCAACAACAAUGAUAUAUUAA